AAAGAUGGCGGCGCAGAUUAUAACUUCUUAGACUCUCUUUUAAACUUCAGAGCUUCAUAAUGUCUUUUAUUUAAUAUCUGUGACCCAGAUAUUUUCCGAAUGUGUUGUCUGUUUUUAUUUCAGUGUGUGUAAAGUUUAAUGCGGUGAAAUGAGCGGCUGGGCGGGUUUUUCUGACGAGGAAUUGCGGAAAAUGCAGCAGAAAGACCCUGCGGGGCCCGCAGCGGCAGCAGGCCGCGGCAGGAGGCCGGGUCCGAGUAACCGGAGUCGGCAGCAGCUGCAGCGGGAACGGGCUCUGCAGUUAGCCGCUCAGAGAACCGCGGAGUCCGGCUCUGCUCCUCUUCCCCCGGACCAGAAGCUCACCAAGCCUCCGCCCAAGGACGAACCUCAGGCCGGAGCCGCUGAAGGAGCUCCGGGUGUCAAACAGGAGGCUCCGGCAGAGGAGAAGCACCGACCGGCCGCAGUGGAGGAGACGGACUGUCCGGUGAAAGAGCUGGAAAAACAAGAGGUGGAACUUCGGGAAAAGAGUCGUCUGGAGCAGCUUCAACAGGAGCAGAAGAUCAUCGAAGAGAGGAAUAAACGCAAGAAAGCUCUGCUGGCAAAAACCAUCGCAGAGAAGUCCAAACAGACUCAGGCCGAGGCCGUGAAGCUGAAGCGGAUCCAGAAGGAGCUUCAGGCUCUCGACGACAUGGUGUCCAACGACAUCGGCAUCCUGAGAGGGAAGAUCGAGCAGGCCAGCUGGGACUACAGCACCGCCAGAAAACGCUACGAGAAGGCGGAGGCCGAGUACGUGGUGGCGAAACUGGACCUGCACAGGAGGACGGAGGUGAAGGAGCAGCUGACGGAGCAUCUGUGCGCCAUCAUCCAACAGAACGAGCUGAGGAAAGCCCACAAACUGGAGGAGCUGAUGGAGCAGCUGCAGCUCCAGGCCCACGAAGAGGAGCAGGAGGAGGAGGAGGUGAAGAGGAGGACCAAGGAGGAGGAGGUGAAGUGGAGGACCAAGGAGCAUGAGGAGAAGCAGGGGAACGGAGCGCCGGCCAAUCAGGAGGAGGCGCCGCACUCCAACACAGACGGUACCAACACAGACCAACAGACAGCGACGGCAAAACCUGAGACUGACUGCGAGAAGACGGUGGAAAACGGAGUUCAGAGUGAAGCGGUGGUUUCCUGAUGAGCGGAGGAGGUUCACCACAACGCCAAAGAGAACAGAACCAACGCAGCAGGUGGUGGUACGGUAGAAGAACACAACGUGUACCCACAGGGGGUUCACCAGGACCCGGGGCUUCACCGGGAUAGGGGUCUUCACAGGACUUGGUUCUCUAUACAUGAGUAACGGGGGUGUCAAUAGAUAACAGGGUUCUCCAUGGGUCCAUGGGUAACGGUAGGGUCUCCAUGGGUAACGGGGGUGUCCAUCUUCAGAACAGAAUCAGAUUUACUUCAUAUAAUAAAACAAAACUCCUCGUACAUCAAACAAAAACACUAAAUUAAACUGAAAACUGAAUUAACCAGGUCAUCACAAACACAACAGAUAAAACUUUAACUUUAUUUAACUUUAUUUAUCUGUAUUUAACCAGGUAGGUCAGUGGAGAACCAGUUCUUAUUUAUUUAUUUCUAAUGACGACCUGAACUAGAACCAAACUCAGACUAUUUAUAUGAAGUUGGACCACAUGGUUUUUCACCUGUGACCAUGUUAAGGUUCGGUCCUGGUCCCAGUCCUGGUCCUGGUCCCGGUCCUGGUCCCGGUCCCGGUCUCCCAGUCUGACGUGUUUGAUGUUUCAGCUUCAUUUUCAGUACUCAGAUCUGGUUUCAUGAGGCUUCAGGUUCAAUCAGAGUAAAAACAGGACGUGGGUUCAGUUUGUUGGAUGUCGGAGCUGACGGACGGACGGACAUGUUUGUGUUUGUUUUUAUUUGUGUGUUUGUUUGUGUUUGUUUUUAUUUGUGUGUUUGUUUGUGUUUGGUUCCUCUGCUGGUUCUCAGUAACCUGACAGAACCUUGAAGACGCCUCAUGCUUUAACUCCUGGAAACAGAUCAUACACACGUCUGUAACUGAUCAAAUAAAUCUGCUCAUUAGUUUCAGGAGAAAUCGACCUAACCGUCGUGUGUUUAAAACGUCCAAAACACCUAAAUGUUCACUUUACAACAGAAAAAAACCCACUGAAUUCUCAUAUUUCAGAAGCUGCAACUUUUCAUUUCUUCCCUUAAAAAACUCCUGCAGGUCUUUGAGCGGUGGAUAAAUAUGGAUGAAUUCACCAGAGCCUGAAACCCAAACCAGCCCAGAUUAUGUUUCUGCAAAAACACAUUAACAGGCGGAUGAAAGUAAAACUGUCACAUCAGACCAAACCUGAUCAUAUCGGCCUGGGUUAAUAAUCAGGACUGUAAGAUGAUUAAACAGAUGGUUAUUUAUUGUUUUAAAUUAUUUGUAAAAGACUAAAUAAGAUCCAACUCCAGCUGCAGACUCUGAACCAUCUGAGUCAUAUUCAACCAAAUGAAAAACAUCCUGGAUGUGAAUCAAGUCCUGAUAUUUCAGGUUUUAGUUGGUGUCUAAUCUACGGGUGUUGACGGUAAUGUUCACGUGGUCUGUGGUGAAACCUCUGACCUCUGCAGGACUGGGCCCAUCCCUAAAACCACCAUAGAACCAGUUUGUGGUCGAACGCUGAGGGAUGGGGGCUGUCUACUUCCUGGACUCAUGUGGGAUGGGGCUGUUUACUUCCUGAAUUUAGGAAGGAUGGGGACAUCUACUACCUAGACUCCUGAUGGAUGUAUAUGUCUACUUCCUGGACUCCUGAGUGAUGAAGCUGUGUACUUCUUGGACUUGUAAGUGAUGGGGCUGUGUACUUCCUGGACUCAUGUUGGUUGGCGCUGUCUACUUCCUGUAUUCAAGAGGGAUGGGGCUAGCUACUUCCUGGACUUGUGUGGGAUGGGGCUGUUUACGUCCUAAUUUAGGAAGGAUGGAGCUGUCUACUACCUGGACUCCUGAUGGCUGGAUAUGUCUACUUUCUGGACUAAUGUGGUAUGGGACUGUUUACUUCCUGUAUUCAGGCAGAAUGGGGCUAUCUACUUCCUGGAUUUGUGUGGGAUGGGGCUAUUUACCUCCUGAUUGAGGGAGGAUGGGUCUGUCUACUACCUGGACUCCUGAUGGAUGGAUAUGUCUACUUUCUGGACUCCUGAGUAAUGGAGCUGUCUACUCCCUGGACUCGUGAGUGAUGAAGCUGUGUACUUCUAGGACUCGUAAGUGAUGGGGCUGUGUACUUCCUGGAGCAUUAAUCUUGUCUUUUUCAGGAUGGAAACGCUGUCAUGUGUUGUAUGAAGGCGUCUCGUGUUUCUCAAAGCCGGGCCUCCGCCGCCGUAAGCCGAUCCCCGCUCAUGUAUGUUACAGAUGCAUUUAUUUUCUCUGCAGCUCAUGGAACAAGGUGUCAGAUAUAAUAUAUGACACUAAUCUAAUGCAAACGCUGGCUCUGUGCACGGCCGAGCGGAGGAUGAAGAUCUUUAAAGGGACUGUCUUUAAAGGGUGAGAACACUAAUAUUUUACACAAAUAAAGGAGCAAAAGAGCA